GUCACGUCAACAAUUAACAACUACACCUCAACCAACAAUUCCGGUGAAACCAGAUACAAAAAACGCCAGUUACACAAACGGAGACGGUUCCUUAUACUUCGUCAGAAGCCUCGGCCUUCGAUUUCAAUAAAUUACGAUAAAGGUUACCUCAUGCAGCCCCGUUACUGUCCACCGAAGUAUCGCUGUAUUCCGGCAUGUGAACGAGCCAGAUCUGAAGACGAUCUCAUGAUCAAUUGGUCGUAA